GUCCAGAUGUCAUCGUUUCAUAGACCAUCCUCAUCGACUCACCAAAUCUUCCAUCUUCAGAAAAAAAAAAACAGCAAUGGUAGCUGAACUCAAGCAAUGAUCUUUCUUCUUUCCUUCACAAAUUCAGCUGCUACUCAUCUCGUCUCCCUAUCCAAAUUCCCAAUUCUCAGAACCCCACAAUUCUCCACCAUGUCUACCAAUUUCUUCAAGUCUCACGCCUUUGCAGGCAACCCCAUAAAGCUAAGAACCCCUAAACCAACUGAUCCAUUUUCACCACCCUCUGCUCUCAAGACCCUUAAAAACCUUCUUUUAGGAAAUACCCAUGAACCCAAUUCCCCUAAUUUCAAGAUCUUGCCUUUCAGAAAGGGAAGGCCAUUGGCUGGUUCAGUUAGGGAUUCGAAUGAGCCGAAUUGGCACCUAGGUUGGUUGAGUUUUGGGGAUUGUAAGGCGUUUUUGGAGAAUUCUGAGGUUAAUUUGAGUGAAGAUACUUUGGUUUAUCUGGGUUCUGAUUCUGAGGGUGAUGGGGUUUAUGUUGUGUACUGGGGUAUUGAUGUGACAGAGGCUGGUAAUGGAUUGGUUAAAGAAUUGGGGGGUAAUCAGUUUUGCUUUGUUGAGCUUAGGACUUUGAUGGUUGCCACUGAUUGGGAAAAUGCUUCAUCCAUGGGACAACUUGCUAUUGCUGGUCAUGCCAGAUCAUUACUAGAAUGGCAUACAGUAUCACGUUUUUGUGGAUUUUGUGGUGGUAAGAACAUUUUAAUUGAUGCUGGGAGACGGAAACAGUGCUCUAAUGAGUUAUGCAAGAAGAAAAUCUAUCCUCGAGUUGAUCCAGUUGUGAUUAUGUUAGUUAUUGACAAAGAGAAUGACCGUGCGCUAUUAAGUAGGCAGUCAAGAUUUGUGCCUCGCAUGUGGAGUUGUCUAGCUGGUUUCAUGGAGCCAGGAGAAAGUUUGGAGGAGGCUGUGAGAAGAGAAACAUGGGAGGAGACCGGUAUUGAAGUUGGACAAGUUGUUUACCAUAGUUCUCAGCCAUGGCCUGUUGGACCUAGCAGCAUGCCGUGCCAACUUAUGGUGGGAUUCUUUGCGUAUGCAAAAUCACUGGAUAUUAAUGUGGAUAAGGAGGAAUUAGAAGAUGCGAAAUGGCACAGCAGAGAAGAUGUGAAAAAGGCACUCACAAUCGCGGAAUACAAGAAGGCACAGAGGACUGCUGCUGGUAAAGUGGACCAAAUGUGCAAGGGUGUAGAAAGAGGACAGAGCUUGUCUUCCGAUUUCAAUGUGGAAAGUGGGGAACUUGCUCCUAUGUUUAUCCCGGGGCCCUUUGCAAUUGCUAAUCAUCUCAUUUCCUCUUGGGUGAAUGGGGUUGAAUCACAACUUGCAAGUUCUUUCUCAAAUUUAUAGGACUUUAGUAAUUGACAUCAACAAUGUUGUUCUCAAAGAUUCUUAGGCCACCACUACCCUCUGAUGAGACGAACAAUUAAUCUUGCAGGGGAGUUGAACCUCCAUAUGUGCUGCAACAAUACCAUUGAUUCAGUAGAUGAAUGCUGCUGGCAAGUGUGAAAAUGGACGUGUAUACGUACAUGCAUAGCAGACGUGCUAGUAUAAAUUUUAAGCAAUUGCACUUCGAACUACUUAAUUUGUAAUUUGAAUUUUGUGUUAUAGAGAUAUUAACGCCACAUAGCUCAUAUUUUGAGUUUGUUGCCCAAUUUAGCUUUUAUUUGUGUAUAAACACCUUGCGUAUACAUUUCUAUAUAAGAAUGA